AUAUGAUUAUUUGAGGUUAUGUACUUAUGUUUUCAACCAUAAACAUUAUUUUUUCUUCCAAAUAAAUAAUUUCAUAGGUGUUAUUUGUAACAGAAAAUUGAAUACUAUCUCCUACUAAAUAGUGUUCCAUACAGGCUGUCUCACAACUGGAUGUUACUAUCUCAAUAACUUCCAAUUAUGGAACCAGUUGGAGAAAGCAACAGUUCAACGGCAGACAAGGAUGGAAUAAAAUUUGCUGGCCUGCCUGUGGUUUGUGAUGUUUGCAAAAAACAAUUCGCCUGUAAAAAGUACUUGACGAAACAUAGAAAAGUUCAUGAGCAGUCUCGAGAUUUCAUAUGUGCCGUUUGUAAUAAACAAUUCAGUGAAAAGGGUAAUUUAGCUGCACAUUUACGGGUUCAUUCUGGCGAUAAGCCUUUCGCGUGCCAGUUGUGUGAAAAACGUUUUUCGCAAGUCAGUCAUCUCCAAAGACACGAGAAGCUACACUCCAAAGUGAAAGAUUUCAUAUGUGAGGUUUGUUCGAAAGCAUUCGUUCAGGAGGAGAAUCUCUUGUCUCACAUGUUGGUACAUCGAGAGGAAAGGUUCAAGUGUGAUCAGUGCGUGAGGACAUUUUUGAGCAAGCAACGAUUAGAUAAACACAAGAAAAUGCACGAAAUAGGAAAGCAACAUGCGUGCGAAUCGUGCGACAAAUCUUUUUUUACUAAGUAUGAACUAAAAGCACAUAGGAACGUACAUGAAAAAAAUUGUGACUUCAUUUGCGAACAGUGUGGCCAAUCUUUUGCCAAACUCGCCAACCUCAAUAGGCACAAACUACGUAUACAUAACCCGGACUACAAGCCGUUUGUUUGUUGUGUUUGCGAGGUAGCUUUCAAUGAGAGACGUAAUUUGAAUGCUCAUUUGAAAGUGCAUACCGGCUAUAAGCCAUAUAAAUGUAAAAUAUGUUGCAAGGCAUUCACAAGGAAGAAUUAUCUGAAAAAAACAUGUAUUUAUUUUUCAUGAUAAAAAAGAAUAAAAUGACGGUUUAUUACAAAAAUUAUUUAAUAAACUCUAUAAUACAGUAUUUUUACGAUAAUUCGUUAUUAAUUCACACUUCCCAACAAAGUAGUUAUACUUUUUAUUAAAUUAACAAAUUAAUGCAGAAAUACUCAGUCCACUGAAAUCAACUGUAAUGAAUCUUUAAUUAUUUUUUUCUACAACUGCGCGUAAAGAAAGAAUUUACACACUCAAUUCUCCUCGUAAAACAGCUUAUUUACGAG